AUGCUCGACAGUUGGCACGACAACGACGCGGUGGAGGUCACGGUGCACGCGUUCGCGUCCACGUUCCGCCUGGCGCAAGACCCUGCGUCGAAGCACCUCGGCAAGUCGGUCUGGGAUGCCUCGAUACAGCUCGCGAAGUGGCUGGAGCGCCACCAGCGCAAGGGCGAGCUCUGCCGGCACAAGGUGGAAGGCAAGAGGGCAAUCGAGGUGGGUGCGGGAAUGGGGUUGGGCGGGAUGGCGCUGGCGAUGCUGGGCGCGGACGUGGUGCUGACGGACGUCGAGGACGUCCUGCCUCUUCUACGGAGAAACGUGGCCGUCAACCUGCAGGCCGGCGAGCACGCGGGCGUUCUCGCGGGCCGCGACCCGCAGUGGAGCGGCAAAGUUGGCCAGGCAGAGGUCGCCCGGCUGGACUGGACCACGUGGCAGCAAGACAUCCCCCCCCUGAGUCCCCCCUUUGACAUUGUCCUUGCGGCUGACUGCGUGUACCACGAGGACCUCGUCGUCGACCUGUUCCACACCGUCGAGGCCCUGUGCGGCCCCCGGAGCGUCUUCGUGUCCAGCCAGGAGUUCCGGUCGCAGGCGGUGCACGACGCGUUCAUGGCGGCAUUUGCGCGCGGGUUCUCCAUUCGCAAGGUGCCGGCGUCGAAGAUGGACCCGGAGCACAGCCACCCGUCGAUCGAAGUGUACGUGAUGAAGCCGCUGCGGGGGCGGCGGGGGCGCGGGCGGAGCGGGAGUGGGCGCGAGGCGGGUGGGGAGGGGGGGAGUGUAGCUGAGGAAGACCAGGGGAGCGAGCCGGCUGGCUCGCGAGGUGAGGGACCGACAUAG